AGAACAAUUUAGUUUAUGAGAAAUAUCUUUAGUUGCCAGGUGAAAAUGCUCCUCUUCAGCUAGGCCUUGGGCUGAUUAAUACCCUGUAUCCUUUUAAAUAUGUUUGUGGGAAGGGGGGAGUUAUUGUUUUGUUUUGACUCUUCUUUUUAUUAUGCAUUUUGUGUUUUUAUUUUGCACUUUGAUGCCCAGAGAUCUUCACGUGAAGGGUGUGGUAUACAGAUUUACUGAAUAAAUGCUGUUGCUGCUAUUUAUUUAUUAACUUUGUGUACAUAAUAACAUAAUCGAGCUCUGCAGUUUAAGGAUAAAUUUUUUUGAGUUUAAAAACAGAAGGAAAGGGCGGGAACGAAACGGAACCCGCAAGCGCUACUUCCUUUCAGCUCUAUGUACUUAUUCCACACAGCCACAAAAUGGCGGAAGCGCGCGGGUCUACCAUUUCGUAAGUUUAGGGUUGCUCGAAAGAGGGCGCCUCAUUGGCGGAGACGGAGCGGGAAGGCGGGGCCGCGGCAGUUCCCGCUGAGGCGGCGCGGCCUAGUCAUGGUGCCCGUGCUCCCCGGCCUGUACCUGGGCGGCGGCGGCGGCGGCGGCCUCGGCCUCCCGGAUGGCGCGGCGGCGGCCUGGGCGCUGCUGCUGGUGGACUCGGAGCCGCCCGAGGCCGGGGCGGUGUCGGGGGCGGAGGCGGUGCUGCACGUGCCCGCCCUGGACCAGCCUCACAGCGACCUCCUCAGCCACCUCGACGCCUGCGCGGAAUUCCUCGGCCGCGCGCGGGAAAGGGGGGCGCGCGCCCUGGUCAGAUGGUGAGGGGCCGGCAAGAAGAAUUGCUAUUAUUGUUAUUAUUAUUAUUAUUAUUAGAGCGCGGCAGGGGGGCGGGGGAACAACAACAACAACAACAAUAAUAAUAAUUAUUAUUAUUACUAUUAUUAUUACAGCGCUGCAGACUGGCAGUGGAACAAGCAGAAAUUAUUAUUAUUAUUAUUAUUAGAGCGCUGCAGACUGGCAGGGGAACAAUAAGAAUUAUUAUUAUUAUUAUUAUUAUUAUUAUUAGAGCGCUGCAGACUGGCAGGGGAACAAUAAGAAUUAUUAUUAUUAUUAAUAUUCUUAGAGCGCUGCAGACGGGCAGGAGAACAACAACAACAAUUAUUAUUAUUACUAUUAUUAGAGUGCCGCAGACUUGACAGUGGAACAAGCAGAAUUAUUAUUAUUAUUAUUAUUAUUAUUAUUAUUAGAGCAUUGCAGACUGGCAGUGGAGCAAUAAUAAUAAUAAUUAUUGUUAUUGUUGUUGCUGUUAUUAUAAUUAGAGCACAGACUGACAGAACAACAACAAUUAUUAUUGUUAUUAUUAGAGCGCUGCAGACUGGCAGUGGAACAAUAAGAAUUGUUAUUGUUGUUGUUGCUGUUAUUAUAAUUAUUAGAGCGCAGACUGGCAGGAGAACAAUUAUUAUUAUUAGAGCACUGCAGACUGGCAGGGGAACAAAAAUAAUUUAUUAUUAUUUAUUAGAGCGCUGCAGACUGGCAGGGGAACAAUAAGAAUUGUUAUUAUUAUUAUUAUUAUUAGAGCAUUGCAGACUGGCAGUGGAACUAUGAUAAUAAUAAUCCUAUUUAUUUAUUUAUUUAUUUAUUUUAAACAGCAUAUAAUAAUUAUAUAAGAAAAUGAUAUAAUGUAGCAAUUAUUAUAACAAGCAGCGCUAGGGCCCGGUUUCUGCCCCUAAUUGUGUGUGUAAACCCAGAGACAUUUUUGACAUUGUUUUGCCACAUUUUGUUGUGAAAGGCAACUGCCCAUCUUUCCUGUUCAGCCGAGAAAUACUUUUUACUUCUUCUCUCCCUGAUGCUGAGAAAUGCUUUUUACUUUUUCUGAGUCUCACAUUCCAACUGAAAAAAAUACAUAAAAAUUAUGUGGCCAUCCUCACUUGACAUCAAGGGUGCUGCCACACAAACAGGUUGGUUAUUGGCCAGAUAUCUAUCUAUCUAUCUAUCUAUCUAUAAAUCAGGGUGGUAAUGACAACUGUCCCACAGAUAUUGAGAGAAAUCAAGGGGUGCUUUUUUAGUUUUUAUUUUUAGCACAGCCCGCGAUCGGAUACCUCCAUGUCCAGCCAGAAGCCAAAGUACCGGAAAAGACGGGGUUUCUCUAGCCUUUUUUCUAACUCGGGUCUUAUUACGUGUGACCUAGACAUGCUGGUGCUCAAAACACAGAUAACAUUGAAUCUUCAGUUUCUUCUGUCUCUCAGGGCAUUAAAAAGAAAAAAAAACACCACCUCCAGGAGAAUCCGGAAAUCGCCUAUACAGGCAAUGAGACGCGACUGCAAUGCGCUUUCUCUUUUCUCUCUUUCUACCCCCGCAAAUCCUUCCCUAGCAUUAACUUUUGGCUGAACUUUCACUGUCUAAUUUACCUUGUGCCCCGAUGUGCUCCCAAAUCUCAGCAUGUCCAACUCUUAGCCUGCACAGAAGGCGGAGCAGUCAAAUAAAUUUUUGUUGCUUCGCUUAUUACCUGUGUAUAUAAUUUGCUUUCUGUGUUCUUUUUGAUGAAGCUUGCAAAAGCCGCAGCAGGCUCCAUCUGGGACAGUCGAUUUGCUCUUCUGUGUGAGAGACGCAGGAUGCCCGUUUGAAGAUGGCCACUACCACCUGCCAUUUUUGUCUGUUCUUGUACACUUCUUUUUUAAAAAGUGGCACCCUGCUUUUGAUCAAUCUAGCCAACAAUCAACAAAACAUCAUAGCCCUACCCUAAGAUGUAGAAUGUGUUCCCCACUUUCUCCAUCAAGUCCUUUCUUUCUUUCUUUCAUUCAUUCUUUCAUUCUUUCUGGUUUUGUGUACUGAUUAUACCGGAUGCUGGCGACAAAUGACAGGAGAUGGCCACUGUCAGAAAUGUUUGGCUGUAUGGGUGUUGGAGCAGGACCCUUAUGCUCUUUCUUUUGUGUAGGAAGUACAGGGGGGGGAAUCAUUGUUCCUCGGUUCAGUAUAUCUGAAGGAGCGUCUCCACCCCCAUCGUUCUGCCCGGACACUGAGGUCCAGCUCUGAGGGCCUUCUGGCGGUUCCCUCACUGCAAGAAGCCAAAUUACAGGGAACCAGGCAGAGGGCCUCCUUGGUAGUGGCACCCGCCCUGUGGAACACCCUCCCACCAGAUGUCAAAGAGAAAAACAACUACCAGACUUUUAGAAGUCAUCUGAAGGCAGCCCUGUUUAGGGAAGCUUUUAAUGUUUGAUGCAUUACUGUAUUUUAAUAUUUUGUUGGAAGCUGCCCAGAGUGGCUGGGGAAGCCCAACCAGAUAGGCGGGGUAUAAAAUAAUAAUAAUAAUAAUAAUAACAAUAAUAAUAAUAAUAAUAUUGUUCAUAUAGAAUUUCAACCACACUCUUGCUCUCUUGUUAGGACAGGAGCAGGAUAAUUUUCAGGGAGGUCAUGUCUUUCAGGUGGGUGGGGUGGCAGCAGGUAAUGAGGGAUAUUGUGAAACUAGAGUACAAAAUACAUUGUGCAUCAAAGUACACAAAGAGCACCUGGGGAAGUCUUGAGCCUCUGACUCUUGAGUAUAGUAUUUCUAAGGGAAAAGCUGUUGAUACACAAGUAUAUCUUCCAAAGUUGUCAUGAGAAAUGUGUGUGCAGUGCUCUAUUCCCUGAGUACAAGUGAAUUGUAAGAAAGAUGUUCUCUAGGGGGAAAUGCAGUUUGAAGUGAAUGAAGGAUCUGGUUAUUUUUUUGGGGGGGGUUUCCAUUUUUUGUUGUGUGUGACCAUAUUUUAUUGGGUGUCUCCUUGUUUUGUUUUGUUUUCAGUCAAGCUGGAGUCAGCCGGAGUGUUGCUGUUGUGACUGCCUAUUUAAUGAAAGCCAAUAAACUCCCUUUUGAAGAGGCCUAUGCCUUUGUCCAGGCCAUCAAACCAGAUGCCAAGUGCGUUUUUAUUUGAUAAAAUUUGUUUUCCUUCCUUGUGAAGAUUGGAAUGUAAUCAGAAGGCUUUCCCCCCGCCCCUUGUUCCAGAAUGAAUGAAGGCUUCGAGUGGCAACUGAAACUCUAUGAAAAAAUGGGCUGUGAAGUCGAUGUGACCAGUACUAUUUACAAACAGUAUCGUUUGCAAAAGGUUACAGAGAAAUAUCCUGGUAAGGAAAUAGAAGUGCUUUUCUAAUCUCUUAACAUUGGGCUAGAAAUGGCUACAUACAAAUUCAGCUACUGUAUUCACAUUGGAACUGAACUUGCGUUAUUGAACUCUACUUGAAUUGCCCCCCCCCGGUUCUUCCACCUGGAAUGGGUAAUAACAAAACUCUGUAAUAAAUAGCACUCUUUUUCAAACAUGAGUUGUAUUAUAGAUAGACUAGUAAGCUUGAAUUCUUAAAGCAUGGAUACAUGUUACUGACUGCUGUUGGAAAUCGCCCUCACCCCUGGCUAUGAGCCUUGGUACAUUGAAUACUUGCCAUGUAAGACCAGCUCCACCUCUCAUUUUCCCUGCUCAUUUCCCAACCUCUAGUUAAAAUUCACUUCUGAGAAGAAUUAAACGAAGACAAAUAGCACAGUGAGAAAGUCAGACAACACCUUCUUCGCUGUAUACUUAGCUUUCCAUAUUUCUUUAGCUUUUUCUACCUGCUGAAUUCUUCAGAAUCUUCAGCAGCUGGAGCUGUUGCUUGACAGGGGAGUGUAAUUUGGAGCCACAUUCCCAGUGAAGGGGAAAUAAUUCCCCCAGUUCAGCUUUCUGUCCCAAGGAUGCAGGAGUCCACAAUCUUAAGUUUGAGUUUGGUGGCUGGGAAUUAUUUCUAGUUGUUGUUUAGUCGUUUAGUCGUGUCCGACUCUUCGUGACCCCAUGGACCAGAGCACGCCAGGCACUUCUGUCCUCCACUGCCUCCCGCAGUUUGAUCAAACUCAUGCUGGUAGCUUCAAGAACACCAUCCAACCAUCUCAUUCUCUGUCGUCCCCUUCUCCUUGUGCCCUCCAUCUUUCCCAACAUCAGGGUCUUUUCCAGGGAGUCUUCUCUUCUCAUGAGGUGGCCAAAGUAUUGGAGCCUCAGCUUCAGGAUCUGUCCUUCCAGUGAGCACUCAGGGCUGAUUUCCUUAAGAAUGGAGAGGUUUGAUCUUCUUGCAGUCCAUGGGACUCUCAAGAGUCUCCUCCAGCACCAUAAUUCAAAAGCAUCAGUUCUUUGGCGAUCAGCCUUCUUUAUGGUCCAGCUCUCACUUCCAUACAUCACUACUGGGAAAACCAUAGCUUUUACUAUACGGACCUUUGUUGGCAAGGUGAUGUCUCUGCUUUUUAAGACGCUGUCUAGGUUUGCCAUCGCCUUUCUCCCAAGCAGCAGGCGUCUUUGAAUUUCGUGACUGCUGUCACCAUCUGCAGUGAUCAAGGAGCCCAAGAAAGUAAAAUCUCUCACUGCCUCCAUUUCUUCCCCUUCUAUUUGCCAGGAGGUGAUGGGCCCAGUGGCCAUGAUCUUCGUUUUUUGAUGUUGAGCUUCAGACCAUAUUUUGCGCUCUGCUCUUUCACCCUCAUUAAAAGUUUCUUUAAUUCCUCUUCACUUUCUGCCAUCAAGGUUGUGUCAUCUGCAUAUCUGAGGUUGUUGAUAUUUCUUCCAGCAAUCUUAAUUCCGGCUUGGGAUUCAUCCAGCCCAGCCUUUCGCAUGAUGAAUUCUGCAUAUAAGUUAAAUAAGCAGGGAGACAAUAUACAGCCUUGCCGUACUCCUUUCCCAAUUUUGAACCAAUCAGUUGUUCCAUAUCCAGUUCUAACUGUAGCUUCUUGUCCCACAUAGAGAUUUCUCAGGAGACAGAUGAGGUGAUCAGGCACUCCCAUUUCUUUAAGAACUUGCCAUAGUUUGCUGUGGUCGACACAGUCAAAGGCUUUUGCAUAGUCAAUGAAGCAGAAGUAGAUGUCUUUCUGGAACUCUCUAGCUUUCUCCAUAAUCCAGCGCAUGUUUGCAAUUUGGUCUCUGGUUCCUCUGCCUCUUCUAAAUCCAGCUUGCACUUCUGGGAGUUCUCGGUCCACAUACUGCUUGAGCCUUCCUUGUAGAAUUUUAAGCAUAACCUUGCUAGCAUGUGAAAUGAGUGAAAUUGUGCGGUAGUUGGAGCAUUCUUUGGCACUGCCUUUCUUUGGGAUUGGGAUGUAGACUGAUCUUCUCCAAUCCUCUGGCCACUGCUGAGUUUUCCAAACUUGCUGGCAUAUUGAGUGUAGCACCUUAACAGCAUCAUCUUUUAAAAUUUUAAAUAGUUCAGCUGGAAUACCAUCACUUCCACUGGCCUUGUUAUUUGCAGUGCUUUCUAAGGCCCAUUUGACUUCACUCUCCAGGAUGUCUGGCUCAAGGUCAGCAACCCCACUACCUGGGGUGUACGAGACAUCCAUAUCUUUCUGGUAUAAUUCCUCUGUGUAUUCUUGCCACCUCUUCUUGAUGUCUUCUGCUUCAGUUAGGUCUUUACCACUUUUGUCCUUUAUUAUGGUAAUCUUUGUACGAAAUGUUCCUUUCAUAUUUCCGAUUUUCUUGAACAGAUCUCUGGUUCUUCCCAUUCUGUUGUUUUCCUCUAUUUCUUUGCAUUGCUCGUUUAAGAAGGCCUUCUUGUCUCUCCUUGCUAUUCUUUGGAAAUCUGCAUUCAAUUUCCUGUAUCUUUCACUAUCUCCCUUGCAUUUUGCUUGCCUUCUCUCCCCGCUAUUUGUAAGGCCUCGUUGGACAGCCACUUUGCUUUCUUGCAUUUCUUUUCCAUUGGGAUGGUUUUAGUUGCUGCCUCCUGUAUAAUGUUGCGAGCCUCCACCCAUAGUUCUUCAGGCACUCUGUCCAGCAAAUCUAAAUCCUUAAACCUGUUCCUCACUUCCACUGUGUAUUCAUAAGGGAUUUGAUUUAGAUUGUAUCUUACCGGCCCAGUGGUUUUUCCUACUUUCUUCAGUUUAAGCUUGAAUUUUGCUAUAAGAAGCUGAUGAUCUGAGCCACAGUCAGCUCCAGGUCUUGUUUUUGCUGACUGUAUAGAGCUUCUCCAUCUUUGGCUGCAGAGAAUAUAAUCAAUCUGGUUUCGAUGUUGCCCAUCUGGUGAUGUCCAUGUGUAGAGUCGUCUCUUGUGUUGUUGGAAAAGCGUGUUUGUGAUGACCAGCUUGUUCUCUUGACAGAACUCUAUUAGCCUUUGCCCUGCUUCAUUUUGAUCUCCAAGGCCAAACUUGCCAGUUGUUCCUUUUAUCUCUUGAUUCCCUACUUUAGCAUUCCAAUCCCCUAUAAUGAGAAGAACAUCCUUCUUUGGUGUCACUUCUAUAAGGUCUUGUAAGUCUUCAUAGAAUUGGUCAAUUUCAGUUUCUUCAGCACCAGUAGUUGGUGCAUAAACUUGGAUUACUGUGAUGUUAAAAGGUCUGCCUUGGAUUCGUAUCGAGAUCAUUCUAUCAUUUUUGAGACUGCAUCCCAGUACAGCUUUCGCCACUCUUUUGUUGACUAUGAGGGCCACUCCAUUUCUUUUACGGAUUUCUUGCCCACAGUAGUAGAUAUGAUAGUCAUCCGAACUGAAUUCGCCCAUUCCCGUCCAUUUUAGCUCACUGAUGCCCAGGAUGUCAAUAUUUAUUCUUGCCAUCUCAUUUUUGACCACAUCCAACUUACCCAGGUUCAUGGUUCUUACAUUCCAGGUUCCUAUGCAAUAUUUUUCUUUACAGCAUUGGACUUUCCUUUCGCUUCCAUGCAUAUCCGCAACUGAGCGUCCUUUCGGCUUUGGCCCAGCCGCUUCAUCAGCUCUGGAUCUACUUGUACUUGUCCUCCGCUCUUCCCCAGUAGCAUGUUGGACACCUUCCGACCUGAGGGCUCAUCUUCCAGCGUCAUAACUUUUAUAUGCCUGUUGUCUUUGUCCAUGGAGUUUUCUUGGCAGGGAUACUGGAGUGGCUUGCCGGUUCCUACUCCAGGUGGAUCACGUUUGGUCAAAACUCUCCACUAUGACCUGUUCAUCUUGGGUGCCCUGCUCGGCAUAGUUCAUAGCUUCUCUGAGUUCUUCAAGCCCCUUCGCCACGGCAAGGCAGUGAUCCAUGAAGGGGUUAUUUCUAGUAGCCAGUGGGAGUAUAUUUAAAGUAUGCCUGAACACAUGCAGAGUGUUUUUCUCUUUGCAGUGUAUGAGUGAAAUCUGUCCUCCAAAUAAAAUUUCUGUGCUGUCCCUGCAUGUCUCUAAAUGAAAAACUUCCCCCACCUCUAUAGUACAGUGGACACUCGGGUUGCGAAUGUGAUCUGUGUGGGAUGCAUGUUCGCAACCUGCAGCGUUUGCAACCCGCGUCUGCGCAUGCGCGGGUUGUGAUUCGGCACUUAUGCGCAAAUCGCGAUUUAGUGCUUCUGCGCAUGCGCGACCUGUUCCGAUACUUCCAGGUUUCGGCGGUCCAUAACCCAAAAAAACACAACCUGAAGCGGCUGUAACCCGAGGUAUGACUGUACAUCAUAUACUUAACUAAGGAACACAGACACCCCCUUCCCAAAGUCAAAUCUAGGUAUUUCAACAUUCCCAUCCAGUAUCAUUUCUAUUCUGGGAUCUUCACUCCCCCAGUUGGUUCUGAGGAAGUUGGUGCAACAAAUCUUUUUCCGCUUGUCUGAUGUGGGACGUGGGGUGAGAGAGGCCAGUUAGACCUGCACUCAGCUGCAAAAGGCAGUUGUUGGGAGGAGCCCAGGGGUUUGAUAUCUUCUUCCGAGGAAACUUGCAGAAGCAGGAUCUGUCAGUAGGUAGGCUGCAAAAAGCCUCCAACCUUGCUAUACUAUGAAUAAUCGAGCACACCUAAACUUGAUCUCAUUGGUGCAAGAGCAGAAAUCAGUUUUCAGCAAUCUUUCCUCCAGAAGAAUCCACUUUAGGUUUUCUUUUGGCACAUGCUAGCUUCCUUUCUCUGUAACAGCCCUGUUUUGGCUCCCCUCCCCAACCUUUCUAUUACUCAGUCAUUUAGAAAUUAGGUAAAGUGAAUGGAGUUUUUGUAAAAACAUUCUAAUUUCAGACUUUACUGAUUACUAGUCUGUCUUAAGGUGUUUGUGUGUAAAGGAUCUUAAGCUUUAGUGUGACAGUUUUGGGCUACAGUCUCAUGUAUUCCCUCUCCCUUUUCAAGGCAAGUUGUACAAAUGCCUCCUUUUCAGUUUUUUAUUUUGUAAUCAGACCUUGUGUGUGUACCAAAUCUCAAGAGUCUAAAUUAUGCGGAAGCACAUUCACAUUUUUAUGUUCCUAUGAAUGAGGCCGAUAUGUGUAAUUCUUUCUUUUCUUUUCACAUUAUCAAGCUGCAUAAGGGAACAGUUGAGGCAAGUCUCAAUGGCAUCCUUGGUUUAGAAUUUUGUUAUCAUUUUCGGGUUGGACUAAAUCAAAUAUGAAGACCCAAAGAAUGGGCUUUGUUUGCAUUAAGAAUAAUAAAGUCGCCUCUUCUUCUUCUUCUUCUUCUUCUUCUUCUUCUUCUUCUUCUUCUUCUUUUCCUUCUCCUCUUCCUCUCUCUCUCUCUCUGUGUGUGUGUGUGUGUGUGUUUGUGUGUAAAGGAAUCUUUCUUGGUCUCCUAUCUUGCUGUCAGGACGGUGCUUUGUGCUACAGAAGAACUUAGGCACAUGCACAGAGUGUUUGUGAAGCAUUUUUCACAAUGUAAAGGCUAAAAAUCAAGCAGUCCAUGUUCUGUAAGACAUAAAGCUGGUUGGAAUUGCAGAAAUAUGGAUCCUCCACUUUCUAGUGCCUCUGCUCAGUGAAGAAAGUGAGGAUCCUGUAAGCAUAUUUUAUAAAACACAGUGUUUCAACUGGAAUAGUAUAAUCUGUUAAAACCAAUGAAAAGUCAAAAGUCGUGAGCUAGCUUUCGAGUUUCACAAAACUCUCCUUUAAGCUGGAUGCUAAAAAUGCUGAUAAUAUCAAACAAAGUUAAAGGUUUGUGUGAGGGGAAACACUGUUGCAGGUAGGAAGUUUGGUGGAAGGCCCAUUUGCAAGAUGUGACAAUCUUCAUUGGCGCUCCAGACGUUCUUCACAAAUUUACCUAGAUAUUUGCUAAUAAAAAGAUUGCAACAUUUCCCCUUCUGCUUGGCAGAGGCUUGUGAGCUGUAAUUAAUAAUAAUAUUUAUUAGAUAUUUAUAUAGUAUAAUGUAUAAAUAUGACACUUUACAAGGAGGUAUCUGCCCCAAGUGGCAGCCUAGGAAUAUAUUACAGUGGUACCUCGGGUUAAGUACUUAAUUCGUUCCGGAGGUCCGUACUUAACCUGAAACUGUUCUUAACCUGAAGCCCCACUUUAGCAAAUGGGGCCUCCCACUGCUGCCCCGCUGCCGGAGCAUGAUUUCUGUUCUCAUCCUGAAGCAAAGUUCUUAACCUGAAGCACUAUUUCUGGGUUAGCAGAGUCUGUAACCUGAAGCGUAUGUAACCUGAGGUACCACUGUACUAUGUGCUCAGUCUUUUUUUCAUCAUUAGCAUGCCUCUUGGCUCCUGGUGCUUCACAUGAGUGGCAGUACAAAGCAUGGCGCUUUCUCAGGCACAGAAAAAGAGGCACACGGUGGCAUGAACCAGCAACCCUCCCUAAUUAGAUGUAGACAUGUUCUCAUUACAACGAGCAACAAAGACGUAGUCGCAAAUGUCUUGCUUUGUAUCGGAUUCCUUUUUGCGCACGGCCAGCAUAAGAACACACCUCAGUUUGGUCUUUCCAACAAGCAUUUCUUAAAGUUAGGAUCUGCUACCCCAGUUUUGUACAUGGACUUAGACACUCAUGCUCAAGGUUAAUCUGUUUUCCACAUGGAACUCAGCUUUGCCUGUAAGUGAGGCAUGGCCAAACUCGGCCCUCCAGCUGUUUUGGGACUACAAUUCCCAUCAUCCCUGACACCACUGGUCCUGUUAGCUAGGGAUGAUGGGAGCUGUAGUCCCAAAAACAGCUGAAGGGCCAAGUUUGGCCAUGCCUGCUGUAAGUCAUCUCAUUACUGCUCCAUGGCAAGAAACUUAAAAGUAUUCUACUGUCAGUCAAAAGCAAUGCUACCUUUUCUUAUGGGAAAGCUCUUCCUCUUCUAGCCAGAUUUGCAAUCUUGCUGUCUUUCCUUUUAGGUAUCCCCUCCUCCCAAGGAGCAGAACCUUUAAAUUCUUCCCCCAAAGGAUUGAAUUGUUCACGCAGUCCAUUUGCUCAGUCCCUGUGGGAUCCUCCAGGAUGGAUUGUUCUUGCCCUAGCUAGUAGCUCCCCCUUCCUGUCUCCUCUGCUUGACUCCUUUCUUUUUGUCUGUCUGUGUUCGUUAUUUUUCUCAGAUCUAGUCAGGAAGUUAAAGGGAGCACACAGGCUUAUGCUCCCCUUUUAAGGCACACUUUCUGCUUUCCCCCAUUUGGGGCAGGGGGUUCGAGGAAAACCUAGGUUGCUUGCUUGGGUAUUGCACCAUGUGGGUCUUGGAGGAUCUUCAGAAUCCUUGCCUACAUUGCAGCCUUUUCCCCUGGUUGUCCCCAGAUAAAAAGUGGUAUCCUGUUAUCUGAGAAUCAGGUUGCCUGACCCCCCAAAAAUUUGUGCUUGGUUGCUUCAAAAACCCCAGACUCUUGAAUAACACUGAAUCUUGGGAUAUUCACUCUUCCUUUGGAACAGGUAAAUGGCACUUCAACUCUUGCAUUUCUCUCUUUCACUUCAGUUUUCCUGAUCUUGCUCUUCUUUCUGCCCUCGGGUGACCCAAACUUGUGCCAUUCACACUUCAAGCUUUCGUUCCCUCCCCCAAGCCUCCAUUGCAGCCUGCAAGAUCCCUAGUGCCCCUUCUCUUCUCCUAAAAUGCAAUAGUAAUACUUUCCGCUUUCAUCUCUCUCCAUAGAAACCAGUGUGUUCAGAUGUAAUGUGUGAUCAGGGACACAUGUAGGCAGCAGAGGAAAAGGCUGGAAACUGAGGUGCAGUAAUAGGGGGAAGAACAUGCAACAUCUGCAACAUGUGCUUUUGGGCCCAGGUGGUUGUGCCAAAGGUUUCACAGAAAAUGUGGCUUUUUAGGGUGGAUUUGAAGAAAGCAAGAGAGUGGGAGUAUCACAGGCAUUUUGAGAGGCAGCUCUAGGCCAGGCAUAGGCAAACUCGGCCCUCCAGAUGUUUUGGCACUACAACGCCCAUCAUCCCUAGCUAACAGGACUAGUGGUCAGGGAUGAUGGGAGUUGUAGUCCCAAAACAUCUGGAGGGCCGAGUUUGCCUAUGCCUGCUCUAGGCAUUGGGCUGCAAUGGAGGAGUGAUCCAAAGGAGCAGAAGACCUGCCCUCCCUGGCUCCUUUGGGAGGAAGGGAGGGAUAUAGAUUCAAUAAACAAACUAAAACGAGACCUUUGGGCGACUGGGGGUGAAGUGAACAAGUAGUCAUGGGUUUGAACGCGUCUGGAUAGAAGAGUGGAGAUGUAAGGGGCAAGGCUAUUGAUGGUUUUGAAGACAGGGAUGCAGGAUCCAGGAGUGGAUAGGACUUUCUUAGAUUACUGCCAGAGAGACACAGAACUACAUAAGUGCUGGCUUUUAUAGUUUCAAAAAGAGGGAUGGUUGCUGCUUUCCCCCCUAGUAUGCUGUGGGGCAAACAGAUCAUUUGCACCAAAGCACUAACUUAAUCCAUUUGCAAAGAGCUUCCUGGAUAAUCUACUUCAGAUACAUAAGUUCUUAACCCGAGGUACCACUGUAUUGCAAAUAGGCUUCCACUAUGCCCUUUAUCAUCAGCAUAUUUCUCCUACCCCUUUUGUUUAACAUCCAGCCUGCUCAAGAGUUCCAUGAAAUGCAAAAGUUAGCGUACUGCUUUGAGACUUUGACGUGAAUAUAAUAAAGGUAUCAUGGCACCUUGAACUUCUUGAAGGAAAAGUGGGCUAUAAAUGAAUUACUGUAUUUUUUGCUGUAUAAGACUCACUUUUUCCCUCCUAAAAAGUAAGGGGAAAUGUGUGUGCGUCUUAUGGAGCGAAUGCAGGCUGCACAGCUAUCCCAGAAGCCAGAACAGCAAGAGGGAUUGCUGCUUUCACUGCGCAGCGAUCCCUCUUGCUGUUCUGGCUUCUGAGAUUCAGAAUAUUUUUUUCUUGUUUUCCUCCUCCAAAAACGAGGUGCGUCUUGUGGUCUGGUGCGUCUUAUAGAGCGAAAAAUACGGGUAAAUAAGUGAAGCAGGUACUGCUGCUUUUGUUUUAAAAAAAAUUUAAUGGAUCAACAUAGCUGAUAGCAUGUUUAUGUGAAAUUGGUUUUUGCAAUGAUCUCAUAAAGUGAGAAUAAAUGCACAUCUGAGUAUAGGCUUUUUUAAUAAAGGAAGGAGUCCUCUGUAGGCAGUUACAACCACAAUAAUUCCUUUAUGGUAUUUAUUGGGACAAAAGCUUUCUUUUUUUAAAAAGCAGAUUUUAUUGUAAAGUCCCCUGAACAUUUUGCUUAAGGAUAAUAUAUAAAUGCCUUAAACCAAUACAAGCUUUUAAUGUUUAAUGAUGACUGUCUGCAAGUUUAUAAAUGCACCGUUGCUUCUUCUUUUCAGAGCUACGAAAUCUGCCACGAGAUGUCUUUGCAGUUGAUCCAAACACUGUACAGCAAAGUCCAAACACUGAGGUUCUGUACAGGUGUAGAAAGUGCAGGUAUGGGGCUCCACAAAUAUAUUUAUUAGAUUUAUAUCCUGCUCUGUCCUGUGACUUACAGCAGUUAUCUUCAAAUAGUAACACUUCUGUCCCCAUGGAUCUGGUCUGGGGAGCCGAAAAGGUGUCCCGUCUUGAUUUACUUGGUUCACAGAAAUAAAUGUAGUAUUUGUGCUGCCUGAUAAACGUUGUGAUGCAGGGGUCCUCACCAAGGCUGUGUUUUGGCAAGCUUUUAGUAAAACCAUAUUUCUCUGGAAGUUUUGAGUAAUUUAUUGUGUGGAAAAAUAUAUCUCUUCUGACUUGUAGGGCACCUUAUUCUGACAGGUAAAACUGACCAUGUUCUUGCAAAUUGCCCAAGAUGUGGUAAACUUGUUUUUGUGAGUGGAUGUCAAAUUGAAGAAGAUGGGAAGGUGAUUUACUAUUCUGCUGUACCCAAAAAAAUGGGUGCAGAUAAAAAACUAGAAUCAGGAAGAAAGGUCCCCACCUAAUCAUCUCUGCAAUAAGCUAGGUUUCUAUGCAUUGUGGGUUCUGCCCCCCCCCCCAUGAGGAAAGCAUCCAUCAUUCACUUUCUACGUGCAGUUUGAAGUGACACUGUCCCAAUACAGAUUGGGAUACAGACCCAGUAUAGACCCUUUGUCUGCUUUUAUGACAACUGGCUCAGUGUCCCAGAUAUACAGCAGCGAAUAGAUUAUAUAUAAAUAAUACUUGAAAAAUGGAGAUGUUGUGGUCAGACUGUGUAAGGAAAGGGAAAGAGAUAUGAUUCCAGAUGUCAGAAGCCCAGGGCUAAGGCUCUGUAGCAGAGCGAGAAAACAAUUUGGUUUUAAUUAACCCUCGUGGGCAAUAUAUAAUAUAAAGUAGAAGGAAACAGUGCUGUAAACGUUUUGGAACUUAAUGCAGCAGCAGAGCAAGCUUUCUGAAGGAGCCAUGGUGAUUUGGUGUCUCAUUAGACUGCACAGCCAUGAGAUCUGCCUUGCUGGAGGUGAGAGUAGAAGUGUCAACUGAGAUAACCUGCGGCUCUUAGUGGCUCAUGUCCUUUGGCAGUGCUCCCUGGUUACUGCUGAGAGGCAGUGGCAUGCCUGCCAAUUGCUUGAUUUGGGGAGAACUCUGCAGAUGGUGGCAGGAGAGACCUGAUCCUUCCUUUUUCCCCUUAUAGCAGCCCUUGUUAUCUUGCAGGCAAACUGAUAGCAGCUACAUGAGAAUUGGGUGUUGGAUGUGUAUUACUUAAGUGACCCAUUGAACAAAGAUCUGGAGCCGAUCUGAACGCAUUUGAUUGCACAUGCCAACUUUAGUGGUCUUUGUGUCUGACCCGAUUACAAGUUUGCUUGCUGGCCGACUAAGAUGUCCUCUUGGCCUAUUGUCCUGAUCCCCUGGUCUACCUGGCAGUAAGUCAGUGUGCCAAGUCCAAGUUCAAAAUCCAAGUGUCAAUCAGCACAAGCCAUACCCAGAGUCAGAAAUCCAAAGUCCAAAGGUCAGGAAAGGAGGUUCAGGGUCAAUCCAAGUAGCCAAGCCUGAAGUUCUGCAGUUAGAAUACAGUCCAGCAUCAAACCCAAAGUGCAGUCCUGUGGAGGUCCAAGAGCACCCAAGUCAAGGUCCCUCAACAUGGGCAAUUAAACAGACCAGCACCUCAGCUUUGCUGCCCUAUUAUAUUAUACCUGCUGACUGCAGCUUCUGGGCUUGAUGAGGCAUGUGACGCUCACCUGCUCCCAGCCUACUCCAUCUGAGGAAUCACACACUUCCUCCCAGAACUAGCGAGCCCCACCUGGCCAGCUACGGAGCUGGGCUGUGGGCCCUUGCCUGCCUUAGACUUCUGGAGCACCCUGCCUGCUGCUUCCGACACCUCAGAGCCUGCUGUGUACAUGGAGACAUCUGGUGAUGGGUCCUGUUGCUCCUGUUCACUGACCCCCAUCCCCUCGCCCUCCUCUGCCCCCCUGUGAGUACUUCCUACACCAACAUCUCCUUCCCCAUCCCCAGCUUGCCGUGGUGUCUCCAAGUCCUGGCCACACCUUUUGCUGGAAUCCUCUUUCUCCUCCCUGUAGUCCUGAUAAUUCAGAGAACCUAUUGGGACUAGCAUGGCAACAUUCCCACACCUGUAUAGGCGACGACUAUUUCAGGUGUAUCCAAUUGACGUGUGAUCGCUGAUGUGCAGGUCCCUUUGGAUGUGGAAGAAGGCAGAACAGGGCCGGGCGCUCAGCCGAUGUGUGUUGGGGCCGGGAAUGGAACCCCUGCGCAAAAUGGUUGCUGCCUGAAUAUGUAAUAGGGUUGUGGUAUAGGAUGCGGUUGCCUUCUGGUGUUGCUGUGCAAAGUGUGCAUUAGUUUAAAAAUGCAAGAAAAAUGAAUAUCCAAUUCUAAACGAUUGUUGUGGGCCUACUCAGUAGUCUUGGCCAGAAAUGACCGCCUGGGUUAAUUUAUUGCAGGUUGCUUGCAAAUGCCUUAUCCUUUGACCAUAUUGGAGAUACAUGGGAAUUCCAAUUAGGCUUCAGCAGUCAGAUCAGGAGAGCUGCCUACGUAACCAAAAUAACAUCUUUAGAAGAAUGGAAGAAGGAUUUCAUCCUAAAUUAAUGCAUGGAUUAAAGAACUUAUGAAAGUGGCAAUAUGAAAACCUGUUAACGUGUGAAAGAAUGUGUUUGCUUUAUGAUUAGGAACUCCCACAAUGAAUUUUUCUGUUGACUCCAUAUUAUUUACUCACAGUUUCUUCCUCAUAUCUUAUUGAUGUGAAAGAUAGUUUAGAUACAGUAUAUUUUUGCUUUUGAUUAUAUGUUUCUUUCAUUUCAUAUGCUUUAAUGAACAAAGAUGACAUUGCUUUCAGAUACCUUUCCAAGUCAUUCUGUUACCUUUGUUUCUGGACGACAGGCGCCUGCUCUUUCGAAGUUCAAGCAUCUUGUCUCAUGAUGAAGGCAAGGGACCUGCCGCUUUUGCUCAUAAGAGGCUUUCAAGACCUGCCCCUUUUCACUAUGAUGACCAGUCUAGGUGUACUUCUUACUUCAUUGAGCCCGUGCAGUGGAUGGAACCUGCACUCUUAGGAGUGAUGGAUGGACAGGUGAGGGGAAACAUUCACAGUUUGAAUCUUUGGAAAUCUUCAGCUAGUUAGCUAAGAAAACGGCAGCAAAGCAAGCAGUGAGCUGAAGGGGAACCUGAGCAAAUACCGUGGAACCUCAAUUGUCGAACAUUUCAGAAGCUGAACAUUUCAGCUUUCAAACGCCGACAACCUGGAAGUUCCGUUUUCGAACACGCCUCGGAAGUUGAAGGGCUUCUGAGGUGCAUUUCUCUAUUUUCUCAAUGGAUUUUGCCGACUGGCAAUUGCGCCUCAGUUGUCGAAUGUUUCAGAAGUCGAACGGUCUUCCGGGACGGAUUACAUUUGACAACCAAGGUUCCACUGUAUUGAAAAGUGCAAUGGAGCUGAGAAAAUGAUGGGCUUGGGGGGGUAUUUUAUAGGACCCAUGGAUACUUGUCUGCAUGUGUGAGUGUGCAUUGUUUGCAAUAAUAAUAAUAAUAAUAAUAAUAAUAGUAAUAAUAAUAAUUUAUUAUUUGUACCCUGCCCAUCUGGCUGGGUUUCCCAGCCACUCUGGGCGGCUUCCACAAAGACCAAAAAUACACUAAGAUGUCACACAUUAAAAACUUCUCUGAACAGGGCUGCCUUAAGAUGUCUUCUGAAUGUCAGGUAGUUGUUUAUCUCUUUGACAUCUGAUGGGAGGGCGUUUCACAGAGUGGGUGCCACUACCGAGAAGGCCCUCUGCCUGGUUCCCUGUAACUUGGCUUCUCAUAGUGAGGAAACCGUCAGAAGGCCCUCGGCAUUGGACCUCUGUGUCCAGGCAGAACGAUGGGAGUGGAAACGCUCCUUCAGGUAUACUGGACCGAGGCCAUUUAGGGCUUUAAAGGUCAACACCAACACUUUGAAUUGUGCUCGGAAACGUACUGGGAGCCAAUGUAGGUCUUUCAAGACCGGUGUUAUGUGGUCUCAGCGGCCGCCCCCAGUCACCAGUCUAGCUGCCGCAUUCUGGAUUAGUUGUAGUUUCCGGGUCACCUUCAAAGGUAGCCCCACGUAGAGCGCAUUGCAGUAGUCCAAGCGGGAGAUAACUAGAGCAUGCAUCACUCUGGCGAGACAGUCUGCGGGCAGGUAGGGUCUCAACCUGCGUACCAGGUCGAGCAGAGAGAGGUUGGGUAACAGAACUUCAGAUGCCGAGUAAUGUGGCCAGAGGAGGCCAGAUUUUAUGUUGAUUUGAACGAACUAGUCAAAUCUUUAGAAGUUGGAGAUCCAUAGCAAUAGUUAGUUUUGAAGUUUAUCUUUUCCUGUAAUCAGAGAUGAGAUGAGAUGAGAUGAGAUGGAGCAUUAAGUGACUUGUUUGUCUUGUUCUCUUGCAGCUUCUGUGCCCAAAAUGUACAUCGAAGCUGGGCUCCUUCCAUUGGCAAGGUGAGCAAUGUUCGUGCGGCCAUUGGGUGACCCCUGCCUUCCAAAUUCACAAGAGUCGUGUGGAUGAAGUAAAAGGACUGAUGCCCGUGGGUACUGUAAAAAGGUGAACUUGGUUUGUACUUCCGCAGUCCAGUCAGUGGCCUCGUUCCUGUUUAAAGGAUUGUGUUUCCUAUAGGUUUACAGCAAGUGAUAUGUACGACAGAACCAGUUGAACUACACGUUGAGUGUUUCCAGGAAAGCCGUUUUGUACUAGAAUACCUAGACUUCAUGUGUCGUUUAAAAAAAGGAAAAAAGAAAGAGGAGCAGGCCCUAGGGGUAAGCCAGAGCUGGGGGCAAGAUUAGGACUGUGGCAUGUGGUAAUGAGGGCAUUAACUAUUCUCUCUGCAUCACGGUUCUGAUGAAGAUCUCACCUCCCUACUCUUCCUGUAUGCUAUGGUCCUGACUUUUAUCAGCCUCCCCUGUCCCCAUGCCUACGGUUUCUUCAAAACGAAACAAAGAUGUGUGCAAUGCAAUUUGUUGCUUGUCCCUAGCUUGUUCACUUGUUUUGUCAAGAAAUUUUCCAAAAUGUUCUGCAUCCAGUGGGUUUACAUAAACAAACCUGCUUGGUUUUAGCGUCCAAAAGACUAUUAAGGAAAAGUAAUUAGGGAGACACUGCAGCUGUUAGAUUGUUAUAAAAUAGCGUUCUGAAAUUUGAUAGUUUUGGUGCGAAAUAUGAUUGGAUGUUUGGGAAUACAGAACAGGAAGAGAACUCCACAUGAUGAUGCAGAAGUGCCAGCCACUGGAUGCCUGAUGUCUAAUUAUCACUUUCAACUGGAUUGUAACUUGGAAAAGGACUAUCAGAAAAACCGCUUUGCAAGUGUCUCUGGUGACUGUUGAUUUAUCAGCAAUACGUUAUAUGUUAUGAUUUCCUACAUCAUGAGGGUUUCUAACAAUCUGUUGUGAAAUGGAUCCAAAUUACAGGUAGCCAGCAUUUGCUGAAUCACUUGACUGACAAAGAUUAGUAUUGGUUUCUAGGCCAUUUACUGAAAGAGUUUGUAAUCUUUUCCCAACGAGGUAUUACGUGCUGUAUGCAAAUUGCAUUUCGAAAUUAAAAAAAAUUACUGAAAACUUGGUGUGUGAGUUAAUGGUAGGGGAGGGGAAUUGGUAGGCUGUUACGUUACAGAGAUGCUCAGUUGUCGAAGAUAAUUAAGAAAACAGCACUGCCUGCAGAUCUAAAGCAAGAUGACAAAUAUUAAAUAUGCUUUUGAAGUAUAUUUUCAUUAACAGAGUUUUUGAGGGCUGGGCUGCUCACCUCAGCUGAUAGGGGACUUGCAACUUGCACAUCUUGGAAGUACAAGUAUUUGUUGAUAUCUAAAUAUAUGCACAAUCCCUACUUUAUGUAUGUUUCAUCCUUUUCCAUGGGACAUGGUAUUGCUUAUUUCCCCUUGAGCAAGUUUCAGGUUAAUACACUUAAAAGGUUCCAAACACAUUUCCAUGUUUCCUUAUUUUGCAUAUACUGUUUUUUUUUUAAAGCAAAAGCUGAGAUUUUAAAACAAAAGCUGAGAUUCUUGUGAAACAGAUUUUAGAAUGAAAUGUGACACAAAUUAGGCCAAGGCAUUGGACAACCAUAAAAUUGGAAGUGUUGUUAAAACUCUGGGGUUGAAGAAGUUAACGCCAACACAUGAGGGGGGGGGAUAUUCAGUGGAUGGGUAUGGGGUUGUUGUUUUUAGUGUAUGGAGGGGGGCAAGAAGAUGUUUAGUGAGGCAGAUACUAGUUCAGGUAAUAUAUUGGUCCAAAGGUUAGAAGAGGCAAAUUCGUAAUAUUAUAGCGGAUCUUUCUUGGCUCAGAAAUGUACAGUAUUUGGGUUAACACAGAACACUUAAGCAAGCUAGAAAUGUGUGUGUAGAGUCUGACCUUUGUUUUGCAGUUCCACAGUUAAACCCAUUGAGGCUUUUUUCCUGGAUAAAAUGGGGGCCCCUCCCUCCAUCACUAGAAGAGUUGCGUGUAGAAUUCUGUAGCUGAUGAUAAGGGAUUAAGCUCAGGAGUGAAUAUAAUUGGAUUAAUUAAGACUUCGGAAGCAGGAAGAAAUAAAAACUUUGCACCCUGAAACCCAGCACAUGGGAAGUCACACAAAAUGUACAGUUGGCUUUAUAACUGAUAUAUAUUUGAAUAUGAAUUGUAAUUUGACACUGAAAAAAUGUGGCCGUUACUGGAUUUUAGUAAUUGAAAAUUAAUAAAAAUUAUUUAC